UCGACGUCUGAAUCGAAGUCUAUGAUGCUAUCGUGGGGACGUGGCUGUUGAAUUUUGUUUUUCAACGUGACUAUUGGCCAUAGAAUCUCUCUUUAAAAUGGAACGACUUUAUGCAUUGCCCUUUUCUGUUUUGGAAUGCCCACAUUUAAAACUAAAAAAACCAUCAUGGCUUCAUGCACCUUCUGCAAUGACAGUUUACUUCGUUGUUUUAGCAUCAUACUUCUUAGUGACGGGAGGUGUAAUCUAUGAUGUUAUUGUUGAGCCUCCAAGUGUGGGAUCUACAACAGACGAAAAUGGACAUCAAAAACCAGUUGCCUUCAUGCCAUACAGGGUGAAUGGACAGUACAUCAUGGAGGGCUUAGCGUCUAGUUUUCUUUUUACCAUCGGAGGGUUAGGCUUUGUCGUUCUCGAUAAAUCUAACUCAACUGUGAUGCCCAAACUCAACCGUUUUCUUCUUCUUCUAGUGGGCUUCAUCUGUAUCCUCAUAUCUUUCUUCAUGUGUAGAGUUUUCAUGCGAAUGAAGCUUCCAGGUUAUCUUCAAGGGUAGUCAUCUCCUAUUCUGUAGAUCAGCCUGGUUCAGUGUAGAAAAAAGAGGAAACUUUGGAGUCAGUCUUAGAUUACAUAUUUCUUGGAUGUCAUAUAUUAUAUUUCAUAU